AUGAUAAAUAUGGAUAAGAAAUUUCUUAUCAUUGUCAGUAUGACAUUAAUUUGCUCAUUUGGACAACCUAUAUAUGCUGUAAAUUGUGGUGGCGAAGAAUAUAUAGACAGUUCAGGUGUAUUCUGGAAUAAAGAUCAAGGCUAUAAAGGAGGACUUUCCAUACAUCCUGGCAGGAAUAAAAUCGUAAAAUACACAAACGAUCCUGCAAUUUAUCAGACUGAAAGACAUUCAUCAGAUAAUUUCAGCUACAAUAUUCGCCUUCCAACGCCUGGGAGCUAUAUAUUAAUUCUUAAGUUUGCAGAAUUCUGAUCUUCUAAUGCUAAUAAAACAUUUAGUAUUGGAAUUGGCCAAAAUAUUGUGAUUAAUUCCCUUGAAAUUUAUGAAAAUGUCAAAGAUUCAGCUGCUUAUGAUGUUUUUAUUCCUCUGAUUAUAACAGAAGAUGUUGUUUUUUGAAAUAAUACUCCUUUAGCAAAUGCUAUUGAAAAUGAGAAAAUAAUAGUAAAUUUUAUAAAAGCCAAAUCAAAUCCUAAAGUCUCUGGAAUAAUGCUAUUUAAAGGCAAAUUAGAGAAUACCGAUUAUUAUGAGCAAGAAAGAAGAAUAAAACACCACAAGAAAUUAUUUCAACAUAAGCUAGAAAUUGAUGAAAAAUUUAUUCAAAAUCAACUGGAAAAAGAGAAAAUAUUUGACAACUGAGAAACUUUUGAUGGAGUUUAUGUGAUAAAAAAUUAUCCAGUAACUCUAUUUUUGACCAGCAUUUUGUUUUACAUAUUAUUUCAAAAAUUGAUGCCAAAAGCCAAAUGGUAA